UGAUUAACAGUAUUCAAGUCUGUACCAGUCAAAUGCCGACUCACACCUUGAUUGAAAGUGAGACUGUUUGACAUUUGUAGGGUUUGUCUCGACCGACGACAUUGAGAAGAGAGUCCGUGUACAUGAACUGCCCGAUCGAAGAUUGAACCGAGGCAAUAAAAGGAGACGUCAAGUAGACCUCGCCGUCUCCGAAAAUAUAUACAUAUAUAUAUAUAUCCACGCCGCUAGAGCCUCGACAGUAACAACAUCGCCAGCAAAGCCCGUCAUAUAGAUCCUGCCUUACUAUUUCUAGCAACACCAUCUAGAAGAACCACACUGGGCGAAGAUCAUAAGUCAAGUUCCACGCCAACAUGUCCGACCCCAAUCCCACAUCGUCGUCACAGCACACUCUUCCUCAUUUCGACGAGCAUAUCACCCUAAUCGGUCUCGGCGCCAUAGGCAUAUCCUUCCUGGCCCUCCAUCUGACAUACAGUUCCGCGCCAGUGUCCGUGUACGACCCUCGCCCAGAUCUGCAAGAGCACAUCUCGUCCGUCCUCCCACUGUACUUACCCUCAGACAUACCAACACUAUCCAUCUCAACCCUGCUUUCUGCCGGACGACUCACCAUCCACACUUCCCUAUCAUCGGCCGUCAGGGACGCGACUAUAAUCCAGGAACAAGGUCCCGAAUCCCUCCCCUUCAAACAAAAGACGUGGUCCGAUGUCCUUCAGCACGUCAAGCCAACAGCACACCUCUGGUCCUCAACCUCCGGCAUCCCAGCCAGCCAACAACUAUCGCAUCUGGAGGCGGACGAUCCCGCCAGAAAGCGGUUGCUUGUCGUCCACCCCUUCAAUCCACCUCAUAUAAUGCCGUUGAUCGAACUCGUGCCGUCUCCCACCACUGCACCGUCAGAACUAGAACAUGUAAAAGCAUACUUCUCAGCUCUCAACUCAGGCCACCGCCCGAUCACCAUCCACAAAGAAUCAGCAGGCUUCGUCGCCAACCGUCUGUCCUUCAUUUUAUUCCGGGAAGCAUGCCACCUCGUCAAUGAAGGUGUGGCAUCGGCCGAAGAAAUCGACGAGAUUGUCCGCGCGAGUCUAGGGCCACGAUGGGCUGUUGCCGGACCGUUCAAGAUGUACGGCUUUGGCGGUGGACCGAAAGGUAUGGCGGGCUUCUUGGGGAACAUAGGUGAGUCGAUCAAUGAGGUGUGGAAGGAUGCGGGGAGUAUCACUAUGAAUGACGAGGGAUGGAAAGGGAAGGUGAUUGAGCAGACGAAUGAGGCGUAUGGGUUGCCUGGGGCUGAAGAUAUCAAGAAACGAGAUUGGGGUUUGAGAGCGGUGGUUAAGAUUCAGGAGGAGAUCGAGGGUAAAGCGAGGCCAGGUGAGGCAUGAGAGCAGCGUCGUUGUGAGGAUGACAGAAAACCAAGCACCACAGGAAGUGCUAGUGUGGGCGAGCAAGCGAGCAUAUGGUAGAUGCAUGAAACAGGUGCUGUGAGA